UGUCCAAGUCCUUUUUAUUCCAAAGGAGAUGUCUAUUUAGAGCACAGAGCCCACAAGAAGAAAUCUUUUGUCUUGUGUGAAAGAAGAUGUUCAUUUUUUUCUUGGAAAUCGGAUGACAGCUGCAGAAGCGUCCCCCUGCUGGUUGCCCUGGGAGGCCACACAAUCACGCACUUGUGAGGUUGCCAAAAGACACAUGAAGCAUUUAACGGCAGCUUGCAAAAGUGUCAGAGUUGAAACAUUUGGCAUUGUAACCUCAUCUCCAACGCCAUCUUCUGUAGCUGAUGGGGCAGUGCCCCGCAUGGAAAAUCUGCUUGGACGACUGCCGGGCUGCUGUGUGACAGUCAGGAAGCAUCAACAUCAGCUGGACUAUUGGGAAUUUUGGAUGCUACUGAAAGGGUCGUUGUUCCAGCCCUGCGGGUCCAGCCUGGUUUAAGGACGUGAAAAUUGUUCCCGUUCUUUUUUCCACCCGCCAAGUGGAUGAGGAUUAUAUCUGCGGAGAUGCUGGUCCUGGUGCCCAUUCUGUGGCUGCUACCUCUGAGCGGAGCUGCUCCCUCUCCAACCGCGCAAGAGGACACUGGGGUGGACUGGCUGAGCAAGUUUGGUUACCUCCCGCCCCCCGACCCUGUGACAGGGCAGCUUCAGACCAAGGAGGCCCUGACCAAGGCCAUCAAAGCCAUGCAGAAGUUUGGAGGGCUCAAGGAGACCGGAGUCUUUGAUCAAGCCACAUUGGGACUAAUGAAAACCCCCAGGUGCUCCCUGCCAGAUGUGCCUGUGGCUGAAGGGGCAAUGGGCCGCAGGAAACGGAGCCUGAACACUCAGAACAAAUGGACAAAGAGGCACCUAUCUUGGAGAGUGAGGACCUUCCCGAAGGAUUCGGCCUUACUGGGCAGAGACACCGUUCGAGCCCUCAUGUAUUACGCCCUGAAGGUGUGGAGUGACAUCGCGCCACUGAACUUCCACGAGGUGGCAGGGAGCGACGCCGACAUUCAGAUCGACUUCACGAAAGCCGACCACAAUGAUGGAUACCCCUUUGACGGGCCAGGGGGCACUGUGGCUCAUGCCUUUUUCCCGGGAGAGAGGUUCACCGCUGGGGAUACGCACUUUGACGACGACGAGGCUUGGACCUUCAGAUCACCAGACUCUCACGGGAUGGACUUGUACGCGGUGGCCGUCCAUGAGUUUGGUCACGCCAUUGGCUUGGUCCAUACGUCAGCUAUGGAGUCCAUCAUGAGACCGUACUACCAGGGUCCUGUUGGAGACCCUCUGAAGUAUGACUUACCCUAUGAGGACAAGGUUCGCGUCUGGCAGCUCUAUGGUGUCAGAGACGCCGUGUCCCAUACCACACAACCAGGCAACCCAUCCCAGACGGCAGACCCUCCAGUCCUACUGGACCUUCCGGAAAACAGAUCGUCUGUCCUGCUGGUACAAGAUGCCCCAGACAGAUGCGGCGGCCACUUUGAUGCCGUCGCCCAGAUACGAGGGGAGGCCUUUUUUUUCAAAGGCAAGUAUUUUUGGCGACUAACGCGCGAGAAGAACCUGGUGUCGCUGCGUCCAGCUCAGAUUCAUCGAUUCUGGAGAGGCCUUCCACCCAGUGUGAACAGCGUGGACGCCGUGUACGAGAGGCCCGGAGACCACAAAAUUGUCUUUUUUAAAGGUCUCAAGUACUGGGUGUUCAAAGACAACAUCGUGGAGGAGGGUUACCCCCGUCCAAUCAGCGACUUCGGCCUGCCUUUGGAGGGAGUGGACGCCGCGUUCGUGUGGCUUCACAAUGAAAAAACGUACUUCUUCAAGGACAACCGCUACUGGCGCUACGACGACCACCUGAGACGCAUGGAUCUGGGCUACCCUAAAGACAGCACGCUGUGGAAGGGGCUGCCGCCACAGCUGGAUGACGCUAUCCGGUGGUCUGACGGUUCGUCCUACUUCUUCAAGGGGAAAGAGUACUGGCGUGUGCCGAGCAGCGACAUGGAGGUGGAGGCGGGCUACCCCCGCCUCAUCUCCAAAGACUGGCUGCUGUGCACCGAGAUGCAGUCGGACUCUCCGGGCGCGGAGCCCAAAAGCACCGAGACCAGAGUCAACGUGCGCCAACACCCGGACCACGCAGAGAACGGCUACGAGGUGUGCUCGUGCACAUCGGACACGGCGUCGCCUUUAGGUGCCCGUCUCUCCCCGUCCCCCUUGUGGCUGCUGCCGACUCUCUGGACGCUCCGGCAAGCCCUCUGCUCUCAACCGCUAUGAUGCCAAAACACAGGAAGUACUUAAGACUCACUGGUAGACACCCAGCUUACAUUCAAACUGGAACAUUCUCUUCAUAUGGAGUCCUGAUUUUUGCUCUUAUUUAUUUCUCAAGCCAUCUGACGUUCAUCUAAAGGCCUUGCGGUAUACUUAGUACAUACUGUACAGUUAACACACAGGUGGGCUGCAGUCCACUUCUAAUGGGAAAGGUAGACGAUGCUUUAAAAGAGAAGUUACACAGAAAGAUGAGGUGAAACUUUGAGCAGCUACACUUGACAAGAAAAGCUAAGCAAUGUCAUGAGUUACACGGAACAAGCGCACACCAAUGAGGGACAUUUAGAAUGUAGACAUGUGAACAGGUAAAAGGAAUAGUUUGACCUUUUUUCAGACACUUUAUGAUAUUGCUAUAUCCAAUUAAUGGAAGGCUAUCGGGCUGCAGAGAGGAAAUUAUAUUUGACUUUUGGCAUUUAAGCACCCAGACAAGUUUUACUUAAGCUCACUAAUUAAAAUGUUACACAUUUACUGAUGACAUCACUUGGUGCAGCCAAUUCAACAGGGCUGCAAAAUCCAAUUCAUAAUCCUUCUGAUAUCCAAUUCAUAAUCCUUCUGAUAUUUCUGGCGGUGGACCAAAAUAUACAGUGUAGUCCAAUUUAAUGGCACUGCAAAGGAUGUGUCCACAUGUGUGCAAGAAUAGAAUUGACAUCAGGACAAUGGGCCUCAUUCACUUAUUAUAUGGUCUUAGUUUUAUGUUCUCUUAUGUUUUUAAGCACACCUAAGUGAAAUGUCUAAUGGAUUUUCCCCUUGCCAUAUAAGCUGCCCGUUGUCCAAUAGGGCAUACAAGGCCCUUUGUUUACCAUAUAAGGGCAUUCAGGACCCACCAUUUGCAUGCAUAAUGGAUUUAAAAGCCUUCAUUUUCUCAUCUAAGAAACAUAUUUUCCAAUCCAAGGAUUAAAGGCUGUCAUUUUACCGGAUAAAGUUGCGAAAAGCCGUCAGUUCUCAAUCUGUGGACAUCAAAAAGGCUCCACUUUGCCAUACACUGUGCAAGUUAUUUAGGGCCCAAUGAAAACUGUUUUAUUUUUUCCCAUAUUCAUAAUUUUUUUCACCAUUUUUACCAGCGUGGAGUGUUUUGCGAUAGUGAAUAAAAUGUCCGCUAAUUAAAUGCAAAAAUCCUUACAUUUAUUGGGGUGUCCAAACUUUUUCCGCCGAGGGCCGCAUACUGGAAAAUCAAACGAUGCGGCGGCCACGUUUACGUUUUCUAAAUAGACAAUAAUAAUGGUUUAAUAAUAAUAGAUCUGCAGGCACAUGUUUUUAUUUAAAAAAAAAAACAGUCUGCAUCUCAGCUUGGUGUUCUCAGUAAAAAAGCAUAUUUUGAGAAUGAUUUUUUCUCCUUACGUGAAACUGACUUGUUUUUCCAUAUUUGCCGUGUUUAUUUGUUUUACAAAUUUUUCUACUUUGUUCUUGUACAUUUUUUCUUUGAUUAUUAUGUCUUUAUUCCCUGAAUAAUUUGACUUUGUUAUCGUAAUAUUACAAAUUUUCCUAAAAUUGCAACUUGUUUUUUGUUGUGUGUGUUUCUCAUAUCUACAAUUUUUUUCCUUUAAUUUUUCAAAUUUACGCUAUUUUGUGUUAAUGUUAAGACUUUACCUCUUAAUAUUUUGUCUUUAUUCUUGUAAAAUUACUGCUCCUUUUGUUGUUGUUGUUGUCUUGUUUAACCGUAUUUUUAGAAUGUGCCAAGCGGCAAUAAAAAAAAAAGAGUGGCGGACUGUAAAUGGCCCCCGGGUUGCACUUUGGACACCCCUGCAUUGCAUCAAUUUUGCCCAGUAUUUCAUACUUUUCUAAUGCACACAUUGCUACACAAUCCUCAACAAACUGUAAUGCCUGUGCUUGUGGUUCAGGAAGAUGCGAUUAAGACAAGCUGGGAAGAAGAAUAAACGUGCCUCUCGUCCUUAUUUCACUCAGGACUUGCACGACGUCAGCGGGCAUCGUAAAACGCUCGCUCACAUUAACAACCGGUAAAACACAACAUGAUGGAAACGCACUCAUGCAGGCUGAGUCGCAUGCACGCAGCCGCACGAGCAUGCUCUGCUAAGCUAAGCUAACCCAACUGGUUUCCAUUCACGCCCUGCGAGAGAGGAGUUUUUCUGCAAACGUUCGCCAGUGUCUCGAGUCACCGUUUCGACAGGUUUCGUUCGGGAGCGGGCGGCGUAGUGUUUGUGAUGAGAUUCCGCCACGAUUGAGCGGCCUGCCGGGGAAAUUCUUCCCCACACAUUCCUUCUCCUCAUGAUGACAGCAAUUCAUUCACAUUAUGUCAACUCCGCGUUUAACAGUAGAUUACGUUUUAAUUCUGCGAUUCCAUCCGCAGAUCCGUUAACGUGGAAAUCAUAGGGUCCUAGAUAUUAAAGGACAUUAGAGACCCCCACUUUCCAUACAAGGACUCACAAGUCACAGUUCUCAGUUCCCAUAUGAGGACAUUUGAUUUAGCCCCUUCCCAAGAAAUGAAACAAAAAUCUCCCAUAUAAGUGAAAGUAUGAUGGAGUAUCAGGGCCACAUUGAAAAAACAAUUGGAGCUUUCCAGAAGAAAGUAGUAAAUUGUUGUAAUAUUAUGAGAAUAAAGUCGGAAAUUUACAAGAAUAAAGUUGUGAAUUAACGGAGAAAAAAAGUUGUAAUAUUACGACAAUAAAGUCAUACAUUUACGAGAAAAAAGUCGUAGACUUACGAGAAAAAAAGUGGUAAUAUUAUGAGAAUAAAGUCGUAAAUUUACGAGAAUAAAGUUGUGAAUUUACGGAGAAAAAAAGUUGUAAUAUUACGACAAUAAAGUCAUAAAUUUACGCGAAUAAAGUCGUAAUAUUACGUGUCGUACGUGUCAGAGGGAAAAUAGAGCCUAGGUCUUCAGGAAGGAAGGAAACUUUCCUCCUGCUUCAGGCAAGCUUUUAUUUAUAACGUGGCGGCACAGCACAGCAGAGCAGAUCAUUUAGCAUUUAGAUUAGCAUGGCUAGCCCUUCUCACUUCCGCAUUCCUUACCCCGCCCCCUCCACAUGCCCAAGAGAGAUCCAGCAAGAUGGCGGUCCGGGCAGGCAACUUCAUAUCUGCCUCAGGCAAUGCCUGUAACAUAAAGUUACAAGUUUUUUCUCGUAAAUUUCCGACUUUAUUCUCAAAAUCUCAUUUUAAUACUCCGUCGUAACAGGCAUUGCCCAAGACAGCUACGAAAAGGGGGGACUUAUGUGACCUUUGGCCUUGGGUAAAGGUAAUAUUACGACUUUUUUUCUCGUAAGUUUACGACUUUAUUCUCGUAAAUUACUUUAUUCUUGAAAUCCACAAUUUUUUUUUCUCCAAUGUGGCCCUAAUACUCCGUCGUAGGAAAGAAAGUAAAUGGUAAACCCUCAAUUAGCCAUAUACGGACACAAAGACCUUCUUUUUGUUAUAUAAGGAGAUGAGAAGCCCUCAGUAGUCCAUCUAAAUACAUUAAAGCCCUUCCCUUGCAUAUGAGGACACAGAAAGCCUUUUUGUCCAUACCAGGACAUUGAAGACUCUUACAUGUUGCCAUCAAACUGUGAGGUCUUCUUAGCCAAAGAGGAAGAAAACCUGGGUUAGACUGAUUUCUUAACAAUUAAACAUACAUUUGUUCCUAAGAACUGUGGGUGAAUGAGGCCCGAUGGAUUGACAUUAGUCCAGUUUUAAGGUCAUUCUAAAGGUCUAACCACGUCGGCACCGUGCCACUUCCCCAGAUUUUCUCUCAUUUAACUUACAAACUACGAGAACGUGGUAGCUACGGGUUGGGAAUUCAGUUUUAUUGUGCCUGGCAGCAAAAGCUUGUAAAAAGAGGUAACCUGGACAGAUGGUGCCUGACACGCGUCUGACGGGUGAAUGCGACCCUGGCAUGUUCGGCUGACAUUGUUAGCUUUACAGAUGUCACUAGGAAGAGACGCAAACAGCAUGCUGGGUGGACGGCAUCUCAAGACGGGAGACAUUUAAGCAAGAGAAAGAUGUCGGAGUUACAAAUUUCUUUUCAUUCUGAAAGAUGGCGUCCAGGACUAUCUGUGUUGUCGUGAUCAGAACUUUUUGCUCACAGAUUCUUGUCAUUUUCAGACACAGAAGCAUCAGCUUGGUUGUAUUUUUGUAAUGCUUAUGGAUACUUGCUCUCUUUCCCCACCCCGGACUAUUUUCGACGUUGCAAGCGAGCAACUGGAUUAUUUUUAUUCUCUCUCUGUCAUACGUUGAACUGCAGUUUGAAAGGUAAAAAUAUAUUUGAGUUGUUCCGAGUCGAGUGUAUAUUUCAAGCUGUGUUUUCUAAUGUAAAAUAUUUUUAUAAGAAAAUAAAUUGUCACACUGUUUGAGAGUACUUGGUUUCCAGCAGUAAGGACGACGACUUGGGCCGUGUUUCUAGUUUAGCUCGCACUUCACGGAUGAUUUGGAUCGGUAAGUUUACACUGCCUGCGAAUGCCAGCCAAGGAAGGACGAAGUCAACCUGGCAAUUUUCCCAACUUUGGAUCUGGUAUCAGAGCUGGAACACCAGCGGGCCUGUGUGUAAGCGUACUCUGCAAAACCUAAGGCUGGGGCGUCCACAGUGCGGGCUGGGGGCCAUUUGCCACCCGCGGCACAUUUUAAAAAUAAUUUUACAAGAAAACGGAAAAAAAAAAGAAAAAUGGAAAAAUGUGUAGUAAUUUGACAAUAAAGUGAAAAUCUUAAGACAAAAAAGUUUAACAAAGAAAACGAGAGAAAGUCGUAAUUUUAUGAGAAUAACAUAAUAUUAUAUGGAAAAAUAACCUCAUUUGAGUAGCAUAAAGAUGAAAUAUUAAAGAAAAAAUACUUUUUAAAAUGAGAGUAAAGCCCAAAUAUUAUAGCAAGUAUGAGAAGAAAAUGUAUAAGAAGAAAUGAAACCGUUUUGAAAACAGAACAGGAAAAAGAAAAAAAAAAAUACUUUACAAGAAUAAAGUUCUUGUAUUCACGUUUUCCCUGUGCAUGGGUUUUCUCCGGGUAUUCCGGCUUCCUCCCACAUUCCAAUUCCAAAAAGAAACAUGCAUGUUAGCUUAAUUGGCAACUCUGAAUUGUCUGUAGGUGUGAGUGUGAAUGGUUGUUUGUGUGUAUGUGCCCUGCGAUUGGCUGGCGACCAGUUCAGGGUGUACCCCGCCUCUCGCCCAAAGUCAGCUGGGAUCGGCUCCACACACCCCCACGACCUAUUGGAAAUUGCCUCGGUUUUCGUGCAUUUUGGUGUUCGCCUGACCUUUUGAAAGGAAUGAAUUAGGGCUGCAACUAAUGAUGACUCUGGCGCUUGUCGUUUCAAUUAAUGGAGUAAUCGGUUAGGCCCUGGACGGACCAAAUCAAUAUGAACCAAACACA